AGGUGACCCGCCUGGUUGACUGUAGGUGAGUCUAGUCGUCUGUCGCCGAAGUUGUCCAGCUGCAGCCAUGGGUGAACCUGUCAGAGUCCUAGUAACUGGAGCAGCGGGUCAAAUUGCCUACUCUCUUCUUUACAGUAUUACUAAGGGAGAUGUCUUUGGGAAGGACCAGGCUCUUGUUCUUGUCCUGUUGGAUAUCACCCCCAUGAUGGGUGUGCUGGAUGGGGUAGUGAUGGAACUGCAAGACUGUGCUCUUCCCCUCCUUAAAGAGGUCAUUACAACAGAUAAAGAAGAGGUUGCCUUCAAAGACCUGGAUGUAGCAAUUCUGGUUGGCUCCAUGCCAAGGAAGGAAGGCAUGGAGAGGAAGGACUUACUCAAGGCAAAUGUGAAGAUUUUCAAAUCCCAGGGACAGGCUUUGGAAAAAUAUGCCAAAAAGUCUGUUAAGGUUGUGGUUGUUGGAAAUCCAGCCAAUACCAAUUGCCUGACAGCUUCCAAGAUGGCCCCAUCAAUACCCAAGGAGAAUUUCAGCUGUUUGACCCGUCUGGAUCACAACCGAGCUAAGUCUCAGAUUGCUCUUAAACUUGGCUUGACCACCAACGAUGUCAAGAAUGUGAUUAUCUGGGGAAACCACUCCUCAACUCAGUAUCCAGAUGUGAACCAUGCCAAGGUUAACCUCCAAGGGAAAGAAGUUGGUGUCUAUGAAGCUGUGAAGGAUGACAGCUGGCUCAAGGGAGAAUUUAUCACGACUGUUCAGCAGCAUGGUGCAGCUGUCAUUAAGGCUCGAAAAUUGUCUAGUGCGAUGUCAGCUGCCAAAGCAAUCUGCGACCAUGUCAGAGAUAUCUGGUUUGGAACUCCAGAGGGAGAAUUUGUUUCCAUGGGAGUCAUCUCUGCUGGCAAUUCCUAUGGAAUCCCUGAUGGUUUGCUCUACUCCUUCCCUGUUGUCAUCAAGAAUAAAUCCUGGAAAUUCGUGGAAGGCCUCCCUAUCAAUGAUUUCUCCCGUGAGAAGAUGGAUCUCACUGCAAAGGAAUUAUCAGAAGAAAAAGCGACCGCUUUUGAAUUUCUUACCAUCGCAUGACUAGGCAAAGAUUAUGAUAUUACAAAUCACAUAAAAACUGAAGAAAAUAAGUGUCGUCUUUAAACCCAGUACUGAAUUAUGAUAUUGUACUCGG